UAUGACUUUUCAGUCCUUCAAAGAAUUCUCAAUGGGGACGUCAUAUCACGCCCUGUGACACCGGAUGCGACAGAUAUAACCGACGCACGCUGGAAUGAGAUUGAGAAGUGUUGGUCAGCUGCAGGGUCUCGUCCAUCCGCCUCAAUGACCAUGGACUUUUUGAAGACCGAAUUAGAGAUUUUAACAGAUGACGACACGACUGUGGAGUUGCGGAAGAUCAUACACUACUGCAAUCAACGCAUCCUGGCCGUUCGCGGUUUGAUAAGACGAGUGUCUUUCAAGAAGGUAACCGACGCGAUAACCCGGUACAGACAUAAGCACCAUACUCUUCCUACCACGCAGGAGGGCCCGAGGAUGCUUGAACUUGGUCACCGCCACGAAGUAGCUAUAUCCGUGUGUUCGGAAUAUACUGAGCGCCCCAAUUCUAUGGAAGCGCUUGCAAGUGAAGAGAGCGAGACUUCUCGUCGAUCCAUUGCCCGUCAGCGCUUCAAGGGAGCUGUGCGUUCUGUCAUCAUGAUGCAACAGCAGCAAGCAGGGCAGACCCCGCUAUAUCUACGGCCCUUCAUGCCGCCACGAACACCCUCUUUUGAUCGAGUUUCGAUCUUGAUCCCAAAGCUUAAAACCCUGGAACCCACACAUGACCUCUCCGUACACACUGCUCUUGUUUGUCAUCUGCAAUUCUCCCCAAAUGGUAAAUAUCUCGCUACAUCAAGUUGGGAUCGGUCUUCUGUCAUCUUUCGUGUCGGAGAUUCUUUUCAAAAUCAAGCUGUUCUUGUACACGUGCGAGGCUUUAUCGGCCAGGUGGCCUGGUCUGCGUCUGGUACGAUUCUCUUGACGAGAUUAACUCGUGGAAUCAAGGUCUGGACGGAGGAAGGACUCUGUAAGAGAACAAUCGAUCGGCCGCACUCCGUAUCAUCUAUUGCAUGGCUUCCUGGUAGCGAGACGCAAUUCUUCUCUGUCGAAGGUAGCGAUGUGUUUAAACUGGACGUUCAAGGGAAGGUUCUUGAUUCGUAUCACUUUGGUCGCAUCCAGUUGCACAAUGUAGCUGUGAGUCCAGAUGGCCAGCGGUUACUGGGUGUGGGUCCACUACUUGCGGCACCUAAUGGAUUGCAUCCAAGCCGCACCACUAGGGUUGAGAAACGUAUAAUAGUUUUCAACAUCGAGACUAGAGCAUUUGAAAACCAGACGCCCGUCGUUAACGACGUGCGUGACAUAACGAUGUCCAAAAGAGGUGGAAACGUGCUUGUUUCCUUCGAGCGCAAGACACCUCCGCAGUUAUGGAAGAUGGAGCUAGUGCGAGAUGCUAGAGAUCACGAACGCCCCUAUGCACAAGUCGCGAGGCUUCUUCUCCGCCACACGUAUCUGCCCAAAGCUCAGGUGGAUUUCGCGGGCUCGAGCUACUUUGGCGGCAAAGAUGACCAGCUAGUGUUAUGUGCUGGAAAAGCGGGGGAUAUACAUAUCUGGGAUCGUGAUAGUGCAGCUUUGCUCCAUUACAUUCGACCUCAAACAUUUGGCGGGGUCUUGACAUGUGUUGCAUGGAAUCAUUCCACUGACGAACCUUUCAUGUUCGCCACGGGCAGCCACGACGGUACGGUACGCAUAUGGGCGACGCCAGCGGGGGACCGCUCAUCUGAUGACGCAUCUUAUUUCGAGCGGCGCACUGAUGCUGGUAUGACAACAGUCUCAGAUCAGUAUGCGUCUUCGCCCAUUCUGGGCCCAGCGCCGGUGCCCGGAUCCAGCUGUCGUCGAGAAAGAGCACCGACCGUACGGACUACAUUCUCGAUAGGGUCCACCUGUUCAUGGCAUAAUCAUGCAUAAUUAUGGCCAACUGUAGAUGUAUGGUUAUGUAUGGUUGAUGCUCAUCCCACCACAUUAUGCAUAAUGCCCUCCACGUCAUACCCAGGGCAGUAGCCACCAUAUGCUUACUCAUGUAUAUCUAGGAUAUUUUUAAAUCUCAGCUAUGCAUGUCAUUCCCAG